AUGCAAGUGUCGGAUCUUGUACGUGAUUUCGAGCUGCAGAAAAUGAAGGAGACUGAGACAUUCAAGGAGUAUUCUGAAAGGCUCCUUAACAUAGCCAAUAAGGUCAAUUUGCUAGGUUCAUCUCUAGCAGAUUUAAGGAUUGUGGAGGAAAUUCUUGUACCAGUACCUGAAAGGUUUGAGGUUACCAUCACCACCUUAGAGAACACGAAGGAUAUGUCAAAGAUUACUUUGGCGGAACUCUUAAGUGCUUUACAAGUACAAGAGCAAAGGCGUGUAAUAAGGCAAGAAAGGGCUGUCGAAAAUGCUCUACCAGUUAAGCAUCAAGAUGAUGGAAACAAUAGGAGGUCAAAGAACAAAAAGUUUCACACUGCGAGUGGAGAAAGCUCUACAUUUGAGAAAAAAAAACAACAAGGAGAUGAAACGCAAGUGGCAAAUCAAGAAGAAGAUCAACUUUUUGUUGCAACUUGUUUCACUAGUCACGAAGCAAGUGAAAGCUGGCCCAUUGACAGUGGUUGCACUAAUCAUAUGACACAUGACAAAGAGUUGUUCAAAGAAUUGAAGAUUGUCGAGUCCAAAAAGGUCAGAAUUGGGAACGGUGACUACAUUGUAGUCAAAGGAAAGGGCACUAUAACCAUUACAAGUUGUUCAGGUACCAAGUUCAUUACUGAUGUUUUAUAUGUACAUGAUAUUGAUCAAAAUUUGCUUAGUGUUGGUCAAUUAAUAGAGAAGGGCUUCAAAGUGAAGUUCAUGGAAAAUACAUGUGUGAUAGAGGAUGCUAUAGGACAGAAGAUGUUCGAAAUUAAGAUGAUCAAGAGAGACAAGUUAGACAAAAAGGCACUUCUAGGAGUUUUUAUCGGCUAUAGCACUGUUGCAAAAGCUUAUAAAAUUUUCCAACCGCAAUCUGAGAAAAUUAUUAGAAGCAGAGAUGUUCAUUUCGUGAAAAAUGAAGAGUGGAACUGGGAUGAGAAAAAUGGCCAAAGCACAGCAGAUCUGAAGCUUGAAUUUUCUAUUUCAACCACAGGUAAAGAUGAAAAUUGGCUAAAUGAGUUGGUGGAUGAUGCUCCAACAAAGGGUACUAGAUUGCUCAUUGACAUUUAUGCAAGAUGUAAUAUAGUUGUUUGUGAACUUGCAGAUUUUUCCACGACAAUGAAAGACAUAAAAUGGGUGGUUGCAAUGAAGGAGGAGUUGUCCAUGAUUGAGAAAAACAAAACAUGGGAGUUAGUUGAUCGACCCGAUGAUAGGCAGGUGAUUGGAGUCAAGUGGGUGUACAAAACCAAACUUAAUGUUGAUGGCUCAAUCAACAAGCACAAACCAAGACUUGUGGUUAAAGGCUAUGAACAAGUUUUUGGCAUGGACUAUUCAGACACUUUCACACUAGUUGCUCGUUUGGACACCAUAAGACUUUUACUUGCUAUAGCUGCUUAA